AUGUUUGGUGUGUAUAAUGGUCUAAUCAAUAUAGUUUCGCGCAUCGUCUCUCUCCGCUCAGAUGCCAAUACAGCACCGCUUCAAGCAACAGUAAUCGCUGAAGCCGUUGGCAUCUGGCAAAAUAUUGACGAUUGGAAGCUUCCUGGCGAAGGACUACCAGACGACUACUGCAAUAUGUGCGAGGCCUGGAUCGCCGCUUCUUUCAUUUGGUUAUUUUCCAUUGUGUACCCCAACAAAAUUGCCAAUGAAAAGGUGCAGACAAUGGUUGACAGGGGUCUGCAGUGUCUUUCUGCUGUUAAAUUACCAGAUCUACUAUCGUUUGCCUUGUUUCCGGUCUUUAUUAUCGGGAUGGCUUGCAUACAGCAACAGAGCAGAGAAGUCAUCGACGAGCAACUAGAUCGUGUCGAC